AUGGUUCGUAUCUACGCUAUCAAUUGUGAAAUGGUUUAUAAUAAGGUUUCUAGAGUGACCCUCGUGGACGAAAAAUUUAACCGGGUUUUAGAUACGCGCAACAUGCCAGGCUAUGCUGUCCUUCUUUUCAAGGAAAUCAUCAACGAGGAAGACGUGCUUGUGGGAUUUAAUGUUCAGAAAGACCUCCAAGCUUUGGGAUUUUCCCACUCUAAUAUCAAGGACAUGGCGACCCACCCUGCUCUCCUAGAAUCCGGCGAGAUAGAGUUGCUCAAGAAUUUAGCUUUUCAAGAGCUUGGAUUGCACAUUCUUGAAGGAGAUAAGUAUAACUCUGUGUAUUAUGCGAAAGCUGCUAUGGACAUUUACAAAAAAUAUAGCUUUUAA